AUGGGAAUCGCAAUGUCUAAGGUGUUUGCGGCGCUCUUCGGUAGCAAAGAGGUUCGCAUUCUUAUCCUUGGAUUGGACAAUGCCGGCAAGACUACCAUACUCUACCGUUUACAAGCCGAUGAAAUCGAACAGACAGUCUGGGAUCUCGGCGGCCAGACGAGCAUCAGGCCAUAUUGGCGAUGCUACUACCCUAACACAGAUGCCAUCAUAUAUGUUGUCGACUCGGCCGACGUUGACCGCCUUAACAUUGCAAAGCAGGAGCUACACGCCAUGCUUGAGGAAGAAGAGCUGAAGGAUUCAAUUUUGCUUGUAUUUGCCAACAAGCAGGACCAGAAAGGAGCACUGAAUGCCGCUCAGAUUUCAGAGGCUAUGGGACUAUCCGAUAUUCGGAACAGGCAGUGGUCUAUAAAAGAGACUACAGCAACACAAGGCUCAGGUCUGUUUGAAGGAUUUGACUGGAUUGUGACGUGUAUUAAGGGCGAGUAG